UUUGUAAGGAAACGAGGAUUGCUUUUCUAUCGAGAUGAUGCAUGAUUACACUGACUGGUAUAGGUUUCCUAGGCCUAUAUCAAUCCGUAGUCCGCUUGUGACACAGAAGGGGAAUUCCCAAUACUCAUAGGCCGGUUACUGGCUGCACUAGUGUUACACCAAGAUUUGGGGAGAGAGACGUGGCCGACAACGAGGGAUUGAACAGUUUAAUACAGGUAUUCCUUAGUUGCAGACAUGGACUUCAAAUUGAAGCUGGUGUUGAUGCUGUGCAUCCUACUAGGUGUUCUAAACGGACUUAAAGGAGAGGAGAAUAACACAAUUGGAGACUACUUUCGGAUAGAAUGUGGUCAACACAAAAUCAAUCCAUUUGAGUUCUUUUGUCGGGAUGGAAUAAGAGUCCCAUGCGACGAGAGCCAUUGCAUGGAGCGUCUAGUGGAAGACUCCAGGAUCGGAUGUGCACUCUUCUGUGAUGAAGUUCUGCUGAAAUUGGAACAACUACCGAAAGAAGUUGCAGUAUUAAGGACAGUGCAAAAGAAAUCAACUGCUAAGAUAGCAGCACAAAAAACAGAGAAUUCAAAACUGAAAGAUCAAAUAAAUAAACAAAAUAUAAGUCUUGCCAAUAUGAACAAAGCCAUUUCUGACGAAAAACAGCGCAAUAGAGACCUGAAAGAUGAGAGGAAGAUUUUCAUGAUUUUGGUUAUUGUUUUUGGCAUUAUGAUACUGGUAUGCGUAUUAAUCCUGAUAAUUCUAACAAGAACACAGUGUGUACACCACCGAAAGUCUAAGAAGUCACUCAAGGGAAUAAAGAAACCUCUUAUACAUAAAACAUCUGGAGAUGGAGCAGAUAGCGCGUUCAACGAUAAUGACCACAAAUGCGAUGACUUGAAUAAGGUGAAUCCAACUGAUGCUGAAAAAAUGGCCCCUGUCGUUCCCAACGAUUUACAGAGGAUCCCACAGGAACUGUACUUUGAAGAACCAAGAGGGAUUAUGUAGAGAUAUCAAACAAUAAUCCAUAUCGCUAGUCCAUCCAGAUUGUAUGUACUUUUGUACUGUGUACCGCCAUGAAAGGAGAAAUACGCCAUUUACAUAGUGUCCAUUCCAAAUUGUUUAUCCGGAACUAUUUUCCGAGAGAUGAGGAUAUCCGGCCAACCAUCACUACGCCAUUGAAACGUUGUUUUUAAGAACGUGGGUGUAGCGCGGUGGUAUAAACUGCUGGUGUUUGUGGCUAGGCGAUAAGGUGCCGUAGAUAGUGAGUUCGAGGCCCGGUAAGGGACACGAGUCAUCAAAGUUGUCUUCCUUCGUUAUUUGUGUUACUAUGUUAUAAUUCUUAGCACCACAAUGUAUCAUAUACACGUACUAUGUUGAUCUGAAGGCAAAUAUUUAAAUUUCCUGUCUUUGUUUUACUUUGAUGAAUGUAUGAAGUAUGUGUAUAUUCGUAUCUAUGUAUGUAUAUACAUUGCGAUCCAGGUAUUCAUAUCAUCUGAUAGACAUUUUAUCACUUUGAUCAUGUCAGGGUAUCCGGCCGACCAUCACUGCGCCAUUGAAACGUUCUUUGUAAGAACAGGGAUAUGGCACGGUGGUAUAAUUUGUAUUAGGUGCCGCGUGCUCCUUUAUUUGGUUCGUACCAUUUGUACUGAAUAAGUACGGUACCAUAUAAUUGAAUGCAAUUCAAUCCCAGGUGAGUUCCCUAGAUGGCGACCAACUCUACAAAAUACACGCUUCAAACAUCAAAUGCGAUUAGUUUUGUUUUUACAAUGUGAAAUCAAUACCUGAAUAGUUCCGUCAUAUUUUAACACGUAAAAUUUAUACACUUUCACCGCAAAUGGAGAUUCCUCGUCUCGCUUUUAUUUAAACGUGCAUACUUGUGACAAAUGAAGCAUCACAGUUCUGCCAUUUUGGAUCCAUGUUGUGUGUUUCAGGAAACGAUCUACGAGAACCAGUUCUAUUCUGCUGGUACACGGUACAUCAGAUUCAUAUUUGUACAACUAGUACGAACCAAAUAAAGGAACGCACAGCUAGAGCUCGAGGCCACGCUAGACAUCAAAUUAACUUCCUUCGUCAUUUUUGUUGUUAUGGUAUAUGUGUUUAUCCGAAGGUAAAGAUUUGCUAUUUCCUACCGUAGUUGUACUGUGUUAAAUUUAUGUAAUGUGUGAACAAUUCAUCCAUGUAUAUAUAUACAUUGCAACCCAGGUAUUCAUAUUGUUACGAACAUAUGUGUAAUGUUAGCCUACUGUUAUAUCAGCUGGUUGAAGCUCGCUAUGUAAAUUGUUGUUUUACUAAUUAUUUAUUAAGUAUUUACGCUAUUCCUAUGUAUUAUAUCUAGAAUAGUAUCUAAACCUUGUUAUAACAACAAUCGCUAGGUCAUGUGUACGUCUAAGUAUCAUCUAAUGCUGUCAGAAGUAAUUUAAUACGUCCUCUUCUGGGCGCUGACAUCUUUGUUAUCUGCUGAUGUUUUAAGCUAUGGUUGAUUGUAUUUAUCGCGUCGUGUCAUUGGUCGGUCGGUUUUACGCUAGACCUCAGAUGCGCAUGUCUGUUGUCUCAGCAGCGGCAUCGGGGAGUCUUCAUCAACUCAGUCAUCUGUGCGGCAGUAUUAUUGUUUCGCCAGAUAUAAAGGUAAUAUUUUACUCCUUUGGAAGCUCCAUCUUUUUGUUAAAUGUUAUAAAUUGUUAAACGGCGCCAUGUACGUUACAUUUAUUGAUGGUUAUUACAAUGUACCAGAUUUAUUUUCAUAAAUCAUUUUAAGUAAUAUUUUCUUACAAAGUUUCAAAUUUCUGUAGAAGUACUUGUUCCUCUUUACAUUCCCAUAAGCAAUGUAUAAUUGUAUUAUCUUCCAAAUUACAUAAAGUACAUAAUGGACUGGAGUUUAAGUUUAUUUUAUAGAAAAAAGUAUUUGUUACCAAGAUACGUCGUAUGAUUCCGACUUGAAACCAUACCAACUUGGAAUUUUGAGUUACUGCAAAGGAAAGUUUAUAUAUUUUAGACCACUUUUUCAUCAUCGAAGUAAAACUUCUGAUUUCAUUUUCUGGUGUCAAUAUGCAUCGAAUGUGAAGCUUUAAUAAAAAUUAUGAAAGUC